AGUCAUUUGUUGGCUCCAAUUGCUUCAAGCCGGUCUGAACCAGAACAGAUGGCGCGCGUGCUGUCGCUGAUCAUCUUGGCCUUGCCCCAGGCCUGGGCGCGUGGGGACGCCGCACACGCGGGCUGCUUCCUGCAUCGGGGCGACAAGAUGCUGGUUGUGAAGUUGACCUACGACGGCCACAAGUACGACAUUCCCGGAGGUCACACCAACUGGCGCGAGUCGGCGGCCUCUACUGCAGUCAGGGAGACCUAUGAGGAGUCAGGGUACCGGGCCCAAGCAGGCAAACGCCUCGCAACUGUGCGAGGGGGCUUUCAGAUCUAUGACUGCUGGCUGCAGGAUUCGCAUCCCGGCAAGGGCCAUGACAAGGAGGUCUCCGAGGUCAGGUGGAUGAAUGCAGGCGAGGUCAAGCACCACAUGAACCACGGCAGGUGGAGGUUCCAGAACGAUCAGGCCUACCUCUACCUGCGGUGGCUGCACAAUCGCGCCUACUCUGAGAACGAAAUCGAAGGCAACGAGACGAGCUUGAACGAAACGGAAGUUGAGAGCUUCGAGGGCAACGGAACCACCGCGCAGCUGAAAAGCGCGCCGGUGAACAUGACCAAUACCACAGGCCAUGAGCGUCGGCUCUUGCUCAUCUGAGCCCGACGAUCGGUUCGCCAUACUUUAGCUCACUUGCCCAAAGCGAAUCGAGCGUUAUGGUUUCCCC